UAUGUUUGUGUUGCAUCCGAAGUGGUGCGAAGAUUCGCUUCACUUCUUUUUAUAACUUCUUUUUAUUCAGAAAAGAUGAAAUUAAAGCUAGGAACUUGAAUGAAAUUGCGUGAAUACAGGGAUUUGGAAAGCGAUGUCAUUAAGUUGCGUUGCCAGUCAACUGAAUCCGCAAACUUUUGACCCAUCAUCAAUCGAAAAAAUUGGAACCAAUUAUCAAACAAACACAACUAGAAGUAAUAAAAGCAAUCGUUUGAAUGGUUCCAAGUUUGCUGAUCCGUUAGGCAACUACACGGCAGCCUUAAAUGAUAGAAUAAUUUCGCAUUGGGCUUCAUCAACAUCUUUCGCCAUGAGUUCCCAUUCCAUGCAAACACCCUCAGGAUCUCAGUCAUCUAAUGGCACUUCCAGUUUCAUUAAAAUAAAUUUACCAGGAGGGAUGCACACGUAUAUUCAGCCAAGAUGCAAAUUGUUACUCCGCGAUGCGUUAGAUCGCAAAUUAUCAACCAGAAAUAUGAAAAUUGAAAUGUGCUCGGUAUAUCGAGUAGAAAACGGCGUGAAACAUUUUGUAGACUGGGCUACAGAUAUUGAUCUCCUCAAAAACGAAGAUUAUUUAUCGAUAGAAUUCAGAGAUCAAUACAAAGAGUUCGGAGUUUUGAAACAAACACACGACAUUGCAACAAAACGAAUAAUUCUUUCGAACUGUUGCGUCUGCCGGCAAACCAUUGUCCUAGAGGGAUACAUUUGCAAAUCGUGUGGAUUGAAAUGCCAUAAAUUAUGCGGAGAAAAACUACCAGAUGAGUGCAAGAAAGAUAACGUUGACUUGCACAAUGGUUCUCACAGAUUAUCCCGGACACCGGCUGAUAAAGAAGGAAACUUGAGUUUUGGAACUCGGGGACGCUCGCCAAAAGUACCUCCGAAAAAACCGAAACCAAGUGCUCCAAGACCAGUUCCUACCGACAACAAUCGGAAACAGCGUCGAGCAAACGCCAUUGACACGUCAGUUGAAAAUAACAACAAUUCCCCUUCUAAUGUCUCCUCGCCUUUCCGAAAUGGCGUCUCAUCGGCCUCGCCAGAUUCCAAGCAAAGAACCCGCUCGACUAGCGAGCCAAAUGUCUCAGUAAACAACGUGAACAACCCGCAGCCCUCAACAUCCAGAACCCCUCCUUCUGAUUCUCAGAUUUCGGUUACAAAUAAAUCUCCAAAUAAGAGCUCACAGUAUUACCUGCCUACUUCUGGAAACACACUGAGCCUACCAAGGAAUGCAGCCAGAGAAACACAAUCAGCUGGACACAUUCGAAAAUCCAAGUCACCUGGAGGCACAAGAGCUAGACAAAAGGGAAACAAUGUUACUCCAGUUGAUAUCAAAGGCGGUGCAAACAAGGUAGGCAAUGCGAACUCCACUGACAAUAUCCAUGAAAUCAAAAGUGUCAAUGCGGGCUCAUUGGGCCGCGACCUGCUAGAUGGGCGACUAGGCAGGAGAAACAACGAGAUAUGGGCAAUACCUAGUUCCGAAUUGGUGAUCGAUAGCCGGAUUGGAUCUGGUUCUUUUGGGACUGUGUACAAAGGAAAGUACCAUGGACCAGUGGCCAUCAAGAAGCUGAAUUUGACGAGUCCCACGAAAGAACAACUCGCCAGUUUCGAAAAUGAAGUUCUACUGCUGAAAAAAUGUAGGAAUUCACACAUCCUUUCAUUCUAUGGCUUCACAACAGACAACUUCCUGGCCAUAGUGACCCAGUGGUGCGAGGGCAAGUCCCUCUACUGGCAUAUACACGUGGAAGACAGCGAAAACCCAGACAAAUAUCUGAACAAUUACGAAAAACUGAGGAUUGCAAUGCAGACAGCUCAGGGAAUGUCGUACCUGCACAGCAAGAACAUUAUCCACAGAGAUCUCAAGAGCAACAACAUCUUCCUCCUGGACGACUACGAUUUCACUGUCAAGAUUGGCGAUUUCGGUCUAGCCACACUGAAGUCCAAAUGGAACAACACAGGCCAGGAGAAGCAGCCGACUGGCUCUAUUCUGUGGAUGGCGCCGGAGGUGUUGAUCUUCAACAGUGACAACCCCUACAGCUACAAGAGUGACGUCUACAGCUUCGGCAUCGUCCUCUUCGAACUCUUCUCCGGCAAACUGCCCUACAAUGGACUCCAGAGAGACGUCAUAAUCUACAUGGUUGGAAAAGGAUUUCUGAAACCCGAUCUCUCCCAGUGCCAGGAAGACACACCUGCUGAUCUUAAGCAGCUGUUGAUCGAAUGUGUCCAGAAGAACACCGAUGGUCGACCGGACUUCAAGAAGGUAGAAGAACAAUUGAAACAACUUCUGGACGCACAGCCAAAGAUCGAAAGGAGCAAUUCAGCCCCACUUCUAACCAGAAUCAGAACAGGAACUAUUGCGGAUAACGAGGGCUCGUUCUAUCCCUUGAAAGCAGUGAAUAGUAGUCCUAGUCCAAAUCCGGCUAGGUAUAUGGAACACAUUUUUUUCCCUCAAACUGACGAAGUGGCCGAAGGUGAAGUUUGAACAAUUUUAGCGAAGUUUUCUCGUCCAAAAAUUAGUUGAAAUGCACAAAAUACGUAAUGAUAGAUGAAUGAUUUUCCAGAUGAGCUUUGGUCAUUUAAAGCUCUUUUCAACUAUUCUAUCCUCUAUUGAAAGGCUAGAUGAACGAUGACACAGCUGAGCUGUUAUUGCGAAGCCAAAGUAAAGAAAGGUCGACAACUUGGAUGUUUAGAAAAAUCUCCCUUCGCGUCGGUGAUAAAAACAAUUUUAUAGAUUAAUGCCGCAGUCAAAACUUACUAUUUCAAGAUUUGUCCAAUUUGUGAUAGUCUGACAUAUUUCACGUUUUUGGUGCUACUUUUUAGAUUUUGAGCUAUGAUAUAUUUGUUCGCCUAUUUGACUCAGUCUUAGACGGAAACCAUCAUAAUAUCGGAGUGUAUACCCCUGCGCUAGUUCAUUUUACCGAAUAUUGCUCGGAAUAAAUUCUAUUUAAAUUGCAUUCGUCUGCCGUAUCGGUAUUUUAAGUUUUUAAUUUUGACUAUAAGUUUUGUUUAUUAGACCCCCACAGAAUACAGAAAACUGCAUUUUAAAUGAAAUAUAUAUAAUAUAUGUCUGCUUUGGGCUGCAAUGCUAUUGAUUUCGAAAUAUUUUCCACCGUCUAGCUUUGUGUCACAGCUUGCUAGUUGAUGACUCCUUGGAGGGUUGGAGACAUUGAUUAAUGUUGUGUUACACGACGUGAUAUUUAUCAAUUUCUUUCUAUCCAUAUAUUUCAGCUUGGCUUGAGAGAAUUAAUUGUUGAUUACAAAAUUCUACAUUUAGGCUACUUGUUUUCACCUGAAUUUGAGAAUUAAA